UCCGGUUGGAGCUUGACAUUGACACAGUGAAGCCAAGUGUGAUUGUGAAUAUCAAGAUUUUUUUUUAAGUUUAAUUUGCGAUGAUGGCGUAUGAUUAUCCUCAUCCAGUAUCGAGAACUUAUCAGUACAAAAAGGUAACAAAACCAUUAUUGGAAAGAAAAAGGCGCGCACGAAUUAACCGAUGUUUGGAAGAAUUAAAAGAUCUCAUGGUGGAUGCUCUUGAGACGGAAGGAGAGAAUAUAAGCAAAUUAGAAAAAGCAGACAUUCUUGAACUUACCGUACGUCACCUUCAAAGGCUCCAAGCAUCUAGACCGUCUGGAUUAUCUUCCACAAUCUCAAAUGAAGAUGCAGUAGCUGAGAGUCGAUGGCAAUCUGGAUUCGGGCACUGUGCAGCCGAAGCAUGCAAAUAUCUCGCGUCACUUCCUGGAGAGUCUGGAGAAAAAUUGGCUCGUCAUCUUGCCACUGGAUUGCAAUCUGCACAAAAAAUGACUCUACGAGUGAAAUCAAUGAAGGGAGCAUCUGCCUCUCAAGGAAAGUCUGACAUAAACACUCAUCAAAAUGUUCCAGUUUCAUCUUCCGUUGAUGCUUCAUCAUCAUUAUCAUCAGUUAUAACAUCUAGACAAGUGACGUCUCCAAUAAAUUCACCAUCAUUUUGCGAGAAGUAUAAGGAAGUCAAUGAUGAUUAUCCGAUUUUAAACAAUGCUCCUAUUGCAACGGAAGUCAUUGAUUCACCGUACCCUCAACCAGUUCAUUCUCCACCACGAAUUCCAGUUUUGAAUCACCAUGGGACUGAUAGCAACCUACAACAAAUUCCUGUGAUAACUGAAAAAAUGGAAAAAUGUGAUGAUGAUGAGGAAAUUGAUGUUGAAAAAAUUGAUGAAAUGGAUCCGAUGUGGAGACCUUGGUAAUUUUGAUAAAAAACUAAAAAAAAUAUUUUUGUUAUGGAUUGAAGUAUUUGUUAUUGACACAUAUUUAUGCUAGAAAUGGGCAAAUGCGAUAUAGUUUAUUAACAAGCUUAGAAUAAAUAUUUCAGUUUAAACAUGUUAAGUUUUAUCUCUAAUUUGAUAAAAAAAAUUGUUAACAUCUUUUAUAAAUACUUCAGUUCAGAGAGUUUAUGCUUGAAAUUUUUAUACAAUGUAUCUUUAGUAAGACGUCUUUAUGGAGCGUCGGUUAAUCAUUUAUGGGAUAGCAAUUAAUAUUAUCAUAAGUUUCAGAAUGAUAAGUAAAUAACUAAGUGGUAAAUUACGUAUUUAACUAUACUUUUUAAAAAUGAUAACAAUUCAUAAAGUUAUUGAAAACAUUUGGUACAAGGCUUUAAUUGAAUAAGAAUAGCAUUCUGAGUGAAGAAAUAUCUUCAAUACAAAUAUAUUAUAACAAAUAUUAUCUUAAUUCAUAAAAUC